AUGGUAAACAUCGUUCCUGAUAGCAUACCAGUUACAGAGAUACCAGCGGGACCGGCGUUUGAAUCCCAGGUCAGAACACUAUUGAGCAGCAAUUGCACACCGAACGACAUGGACGUUCAUAGUACCUCGGACCAACAUGCCAGACUGUCUGGCUCGCUUGGUGACAUGCUCGCCAGCACCAAUUUUUCAGGACCACCAUCUCAAGAAGAGUCCUACCGGUUAUUGGACCUGUUUCUGGUCUAUCUUGGAGUCAGUCAGCACUUCCUUGACCCGCGUAUAUUCUCUGACAACAUAACGCUGUUUCAUCUUGGAGAACCCUCGCGAGUACGACUGUCCAAGAGUAUGUGGUAUGUCCAGUACCUUCUCGUAAUGGCAAUGGGAAAAUUAUUGGAUGGCCAGUCUGGUAUCGAAAGCUCUUCUCGACCUCCUGGCUGGGACUAUUUUGCAGAGGCGAUGCGAUUAUUGCCUCCUCUUGGCCAAUUACGCGAGAUUGGCGUUGUUGCUGUGGAGAUACUCGCAGUUUUGACAACGUAUCUGCAAUGGACAGACUGGCCGGAUGAGGCUUAUCUCUACGUUGGGAUUGCCUUGAGGUUAGCAACAGCCCUGGGCUGUUUUCGCGCUUCCAAGGAUCAAGAUUGCCUGCCAUCUGAGGCCAAUCAUCGAGUAAGGCUGUGGUGGACAAUAAACAUGUUGGACAAACGAUUGUCUGCGUCCCUAGCAUGUCCAGCCGGGAUAGAUGAUCGGAACUUGAGCCCAGAGAUGCCUAGCCCAUCGGUGGCAUUCCAGUCACCCGUAGCGUUGACAAUCAACAUAAGGAUAGCGAAAACGACUGGUGAAAUUAUGACAUCCCUUUACAAAAGCACUGCCACAACACACAUAGAACUGGUUCAAAACAUUCAGAAUAUGCUUCGGACGCUUUUCGAUAUUGGGCAAUCUUUUCCGCCCGAACUGGCCAUAGAUUUUGCGAGUUCCCCAGUUCGAUUAACAAGAACGGCUGCGUCAUUGCACCUGAUGUUGUAUCAAGCUAUCUUACUAUGCAUCAGGCCUGUGGUAUUGCAGCAGGUGCAUCAGAAGCUGCAAGAGUCCACUGAAGAUAGACAAGUAUCACCUAUCUUUCUCAAGCUCACACGAACCUGCGAAGAGGCAGCAAUGAAAUGCGUAGUUGUUCUCUCGAGGUUGAAACAGGAUGACAUGAUCGCCCGAUUCGGAUUCUUCGACUUGGACGCAACGUUCUCCGCCGCGUUCGUCUUGAUCAUGCUAAGAAUCGAGGAUGGAAAAUCACUGAGACCGCCGGAUGAGAUACUCGAGGCCUGCAGAGUCUUGCAGUAUUUGUCCAUAGCAGGAAAUCGCAUGGCCGGUCGCAGGCUCCGAGACAUCAACGACUUCUGCAUUCGUGUAUGGCCCACUGCUCCGUCAAUCCACGAGACUCUGGGGAUUCUUAUGCAACCUCAUGCACAGAAUAUCGAACUGGGAGACGGCAUGCAGCAUCAGUAUCAGCAUCAACCCUGGCAACCCACUUCUCAGAUCCAACAAGACACGUUUCCAUAUCCGACAAUCCCGAUUGAUACAGCACAUCGGUACCUCAUGGUAGACGAGAUUGGCAACGAGCUUGUCAACGGUGCGGACGAUAUCUACUCCUGCUUCAAUGACCCCACAUUGGCACUCACAGGCAUCGAUCUCGCAGACUGGAUUGAGAUGAGCAGAACAUUCGACACAAGAUGA